GUUUACUUGUCAGUCACUCCAUCUUUGAGAGGCUGAAAAACAACAUCAUCUGCCAAGUGUGAGGAGGAGAACUUGUCUGUCUAGAGAUACAUGGGGUGGAGUCAGAAGAGUGUGUUUGUGUUGGAGGUAGAUGAGAGCGUACCUGCUACUGAAGGUGAUUCUGCAUGCAUUGUCGGACUUCACAGCAGAGGAUCUUGCCAUGGAUAGUGACUUUGGACGCUUGACAGAAAUGGAUGCAAUUCGCACUCUGAGUGCACUACAGACCGAUGCAAGUGCGCUGGAGAUGCAAGAGCAAACGCGGAUUUGUCCUCAGCUGAAGCUCCAGGCCAUGAGAGGCUUCCUGGAGCGAGUCGGCAUCACAGCAGAGGAUCUGGACCAUCUCAAUAUCAUUCAUGUGGCGGGAACAAAGGGAAAGGGCUCAACAUGUGCCUUCACUGAGCGGAUAUUGAGAGGUUACGGCUACCGCACAGGAUUUAACAGGUAAAAAUGCAGCGUAUGAACAAAAUGUACACAAUUGGUGUCUGUGUCUUAUUGACACAUAAGAAUAUAUUAUCUGGCCCUAAAAAAAGAUUAUAUAUUGAACUGAGAUAGAAAGCAGAGACAGAUCCUAACCAAGUCCAGGCUCACUGACCACAAACUGGAAAAUGAAAGAAAUCAAAAAUUAUGGCAACCAAAAGAAACAGAGUGCGAUCGACAGGUGAGGACAGAAUCAGAAAUACUUUAUUGAUCCCCGGAGUGAAAUGAGUAAAAGGAGAUCAGAUAUUGAAUCUCUGUCAGCUGAUAUUCAAACUGCAGCAGGCGGUGCUGAUUCUGUGACAAACUUUAAUCUCUUUACUGCUUGUAGUGUCGGCAAAGACACAGCAGAACCUUUUACAUGUCACAUAUUAUUGUAAUAAUACUGCAGGAUAUUGUCCUGAGGCAUACAGUGUUUCUCCCGAUAUCAGCUGACAACGGUGGAGUUUGGCCUGUAAUGUGAUCAACUUCAAGCAGUGAAAAGUGGCUCCUGUUUUCCUGCUUGGUUGCAGUUCCCCCACAUUUGGUCGAAGUCCGGGAGAGGAUUCGAAUCAACGGACAGCCCAUUGGAAAAGAGCUCUUCACUAAAUACUUCUGGCAGGUUUAUAGACGGCUGGAAGACACUAAGGACACCCAUGGAGGGACGAUGCCGCUGUGCUUCCCUUUUCUCACCGUCUUGGCCUUCCAUGUGUUUAUUCAAGAGAAGGUAGGUGUAGUUAUACUUGAAGUUGGGAUUGGUGGAGCAUAUGACUGCACCAACAUUAUAAAGAGGCCGUGGGUGUGCGGUAUCGCCUCUCUGGAUAUAGACCACACUGAGAUUCUUGGAGACACCAUUGCAAAGAUCGCCUGGCACAAAGGAGGAAUCUUCAAGCCGGGGGUUCCCGCCUUCACUGUCCAACAGCCAGAAGAUGGGUUGGCUGUGCUCAGGGACAGAGCUGAACUGAUAAGAUGUCCUCUGAGGGUCUGUCCGGAGCUGGAGGACUACCAGGCAGACUGUGGACCUUUGCAUCUGGGCCUGGCAGGGAAGCACCAGCACUUCAAUGCCUCCCUGGCCCUCCAGCUGAGUCACACUUGGCUGCAGAGAAGAUGUCUACCAGAAAGCUUAACCUCCACCAGUGUUGAGAACGCAGGGCUACUUCAGCUGACUUUCUUCAAGCCCAGCCCCAUCAUGGUGAAAGGGCUGGCGGACACACAGUGGCCUGGAAGGACUCAGAUCCUGAAACACGGAGCAGUCACCUUCUUCCUGGAUGGAGCUCACACAAUGCGCAGCAUCCAGGCCUGUGCAGCCUGGUUCAGAGAGACUUCAGCCCAGCACCAAAAGAAUGCAAGGUGAACGUCUCUAUGUGUG